GAUGAGAAUUUCCCUAAAUUGAAAGCUAAUUAUGUGAGUACAUAAAAUUUGACCCAAAAUUAAUGGGAAAGCACAUCUCACAUGAUGCUGCGAUGCAAGCCUACACACAACUAAACACGUUCAUAUAUCCCAUCUUGUCAAUUUACAACGUGAUUACCUCAACUAAAACAUCUUCUUUCUUCUUCAAAAUAUAAAUAAAUAAAUAAAAGAAAAGAAAAUCUUUGCAAUAAAAUUAAAAAUCCCUCACUAUUCUUUCCUUCCUCACUCUUUCACUUCUCCAUUAUUCUUACCGACAAAUAUUAUUUUAUUUUUAAAUUUUUUUUUUUCAGAUCCAAUCUAAUAAUAAUACCCAAAAUCAAUCCAAAUUCUUACAAUCAAACCCAAUUUUCUUCCCAACAAUCUCAAAAUAAGCUCAAAAUUUUUUGCAUUAAUUAAACCCUUAGUUAGAAAAUGCUCAGCUGGUGUAUUGGGCAACGGCGUGUUGCCCAGAUCCAGAGAGCAUUCCAGAAGAUGAAGGUAACAAUCCUCUGUCUAUUCCUAACCUUGAUUAUGAUUCGGUCAAUGCUUGGCGCGGGUGAUUUCGGAACACCCGAGACUGAUUUCCAUCUCCUUCAAUAUUCGCUAUCGGCUGCUGGCCAUCACACCCACAGCCGCCGUAUAUUGGAGGAUGUCAAGGAUGCCGCCGAAACGAAUUCGAAUAGUUACGAGUCAUUCGAUAUUAAGAAGAUAGUGGUUGAUGAUGAGCCUCCUGAGAAGAAAGAUCCUAACCAGGCUUAUACUUUGGGGCCCAAGAUUUCUGAUUGGGAUGAACAGAGAGGAAAUUGGUUGAAGAAUAACCCGGACUUUCCGAACUAUGUUCAACCCAAUAAGCCUCGGGUGUUGUUGGUUACUGGUUCGUCCCCAAAACCGUGUGAGAAUCCUGUUGGUGAUCAUUACUUGUUGAAAUCGAUUAAGAAUAAGAUUGAUUAUUGUAGGAUUCAUGGGAUUGAGAUAUUCUAUAAUUUGGCACUUUUGGAUGCUGAGAUGGCUGGGUUUUGGGCGAAGCUGCCAUUGAUUCGGAAGCUGUUGUUGUCGCACCCAGAAAUCGAGUUUUUAUGGUGGAUGGAUAGUGACGCUAUGUUCACUGAUAUGGUGUUUGAGCUUCCAUGGGAGCGGUACAAGGAUUACAAUUUGGUUAUGCACGGUUGGAAUGAAAUGGUUUACGACGAAAAGAAUUGGAUCGGCUUGAACACAGGAAGCUUUCUAUUGCGAAAUAAUCAAUGGUCAUUGGAUUUGCUUGAUACUUGGGCACCAAUGGGUCCAAAGGGUAAGAUUAGGGAGGAAGCAGGGAAGGUCUUGACGAAUGCUUUAAAGGGUCGGCCCGUUUUCGAGGCCGAUGAUCAAUCUGCCAUGGUUUAUAUAUUAGCUACUCAAAAGGAGAAAUGGGGUGACAAGGUAUAUCUAGAGAAUCAUUAUUACCUUCAUGGUUAUUGGGGGAUAUUAGUGGAUAAUUAUGAGGAGUACAUUGAGAAAUAUCACCCGGGUUUUGGUGAUCAUAGAUGGCCUUUAGUUACUCAUUUUGUGGGGUGUAAACCUUGUGGUAAAUUCGGGGAUUACCCUGUUGAGAGGUGCUUGAAACAAAUGGAUAGAGCUUAUAACUUCGGAGAUAAUCAGGUUUUGCAAAUGUAUGGGUAUUCUCACAGGUCUUUGGCUAGUAGAAAGGUUGUUAAAACUCGAAACGAAACGAGUAAUCCGCUCGAAGUUAAGGACGAUUUAGGUUUGCUUCACCCACCAUUCAAAGCUAUCAAGGUAUCGUCCUGAUCGUAGUUGGUGUAGAAGCUUUCAAAGAGGAUAAUGGAAUUAGACACUACAAUGCUUUAUUAUUUGAAUUUUUACCCAUUUUUUUGUUUCUGAUAGAUAAUAUGGAGUAUAUGUUACUUCUUUGUUGUAGUUUUCAGAUAAUUGUAACACAUGGUUCAAUCAAGAACCAAUUGUUUUUGUUAGUAUUGGUUAAGUUAUAUUUAUUCAAAGAGUAAUUUCACGAA